GCAGCCAAGCACAGUAUAUAUACACGCUACUAGCUAGGAUAAGUAUAGUAGCUUAGCUAGCCUCCAGCGAGGAGACGAUGGCGAACGCCGGUGGCAAUGUCGACGUCGUCGUCGCCGCCGACCCGGCUGCCGCUGUGGUGGCGCCUGACCUCGAGCAACACGCGACGGCGCCGCGGCUCACCCCGGCGGGCAGCGGCGGGCGGCUGGUGGCGGAGCUGCUCGGCGUGUUCAACGGGCUGACGGAGCGGAUGGGGGAGGACGUGGCGACGUCGUCGUCGUGGAGCCUGCUGUUCCGGGCGCUCAAGCUGGUCCUGCCCGCCCUCCGCGACGCCGCCGGCGGGCGCUCCCUCCCCCGCGCGCUCAUCGUCGCCGCCUCCCUCGCCGACCUCCAGAUGGACGCGGAGGUCAUCUCGGCGGGGAUCGUGAGGCAGGCGAUGGACGCCGGGGCGGUGACCAUGGCCGACGCCGAGGCGCAGCUCGGGCCCGGCGCCGCCGCGCUGCUCCGCGAGAGCCUCGGCGUGAAGAGUGCGCCGUCGCGGGUCGACGUCGCCGACGAGGACGCUGCGAGCGCGGUGCGGAAGACGAUCCUCUCCAUCUACGACAUCCGCGCCGUCAUCCUGGAGCUCGCCGUCAGGCUCGACGCCAUGAAGCACCUCGACGGCCUCCCCAAGCACCAGCAGCGAACCACCUCGCUGGAGGUGCUCAAGGUGUUCGCGCCGCUGUCGCACACCGUCGGCGCCACCGAGCUGUCGCUGGAGCUGGAGGACCUCUCCUUCUGGCGCCUCUACCCGCAGGCGUACGCCCAGGUCGACCAGUGGCUGAGCGGCCAAGAAGACGACUGCAAGCGCGUCCUCGCCGCCUCCAGGGAGGAGCUCCUCCAGGCGCUCGCCGCCGACGAGGAGCUCCGCCACGCCGUCGACGGCAUCGACAUCGAGGGCCGGUACAAGAGCCGGUUCAGCGCCAUGAAGAAGCUGGUGAAGGACGGCCGGCGGCCGCAGGACGUGCACGACAUCCUCGGCAUGCGCGUGAUCCUGGACCCUCGCCCCGGCGGCGAUGGCGGCGACAGGGCUUGCCUCAGGACGCACGAGGUGAUCAAGGGCAUGUGGAACGACGUGCCGGCGAGGACCAAGGACUACAUCACGCGGCCAAAGAGCGACGGGUACCGGAGCUUGCACGUCGCCGUCGACAUGAGCGAGCCGGGGCCGGAGGGCAAGAAGAGGCCGCUCAUGGAGAUCCAAAUACGCACCAAGGAGAUGAACCAUGCCGCCCUUUUCGGCCAUGCCCUCUACAAAGGAUGCCUCGCUGAUCCUGGAGAGGCAAAAAGGCUCAAGGACAUCAUGCUGGCGGCGGCGGAGGUCGCCGCCCAGCACCUCCGGGACGACCCCGCCGGCGGCGACCAAACCGGAGCCACCGUCGCCUCCGCCCUCGCCGCCAGCGCCGGCAACGUCGAGCGAGCUUUCCGGCUGCUCGACAAGAACGGCGACGGGAGGAUCAGCAUGGAGGAGCUGACCGAGCUCAUGGAGGACCUCGGCGCCGGCGGGCAGGACGCCGUGGAGCUCAUGCGCCUCCUCGACGACAACAACGACGGCUCUCUCAGCUCCGACGAGUUCGCUCUCUUCCAGAAACGGGUUGAGCUGAAGGCGAAGCUGGAGGACAAGGACGAUGAGUACAAGGAGAUCCUGAAGCAGAAGCUGCAGACGGUCGACGACAUGGGACUCAUCCACGUCUACCGCAAGAACCUCAGCGACAAGCUGGUCUCCGGCUGAUCGAAUGAGCUGCAAAAUCUUCCAAGAAUUGAUCGAUUUGAUUGUCAUUUUUCAGCCACGGUUUGAAGUUCAAAUUAAACGAGUGGAAAUAUAUUGUUGAUGUUUCGUAUCUUAUGAAUUCCUUCUAAUGGAAAUUGUAGGACUGUAAUAAGUUGUUUGGAUGCUGAAUUGUACGGUACCAAAUGCUAAAAAAAAGGGUAAAAUUGCA